GUUGACAUCUUGAACACCCCCAGGGUGGAUGAGGGGGCGUGGUGUCAUGGCGUCCACGAAGCUACAUAUCUCUUGAGCCGAGUGUGAAUUAAAUGUCCCUUCAUUUCUUAAAACAAUCACCAACAUUUGAAGUACGUUACAUUCAAGACUUAAUCAUGGGCACCGUCCACGCGAGGAGUCUUGAUCCUCUGCCAAUGCAGGGACCCGAGCUGGGGUUUCAUGCAGAUGACAUUGAGAGGCCAGAUAUGGAGCAGGAGUCAAAACAAGAGGUCCUUGAAAACAAAGAUGUCAUAGUCCAGCGUGUACACAUAGAUGGUCUCGGAAGAACCAAGGAGGAUUGCUUAACAUACGAGAUUGCUGAUGUCUUCCGUGCCAAGAACUUGAUUGAUGUCAUGAGGAGAGCCCACGAAGCCAGACAGAAGCUCCUGCGUCUCGGUAUCUUCAGACAAGUGGAGGUUGUCAUCGAUACCUCACGAGGGGUGGAUGCUCUGCCUAAUGGACUAGAUGUGACGUUUGAUGUGACUGAGCAGAGACGCAUGACUGGUAGCUAUAACACCAUGGUUGGAAAUAACGAAGGCUGCAUGGUUCUUGGUCUCAAGCUGCCCAAUCUCUUCGGUUCUGCAGAAAAGCUCACUUUCCAGGUCUCCUACGGCACCAAAGAGACUUCCUAUGGGCUGUCGUUCUUCAAGCCCCAACCUGGCCACUUUGAGCGCAAUUUCGCUGUCAACUUGUACAAAGUUGCAGGCCAAUUUCCAUGGAGCUCGCUGAGAGAGACUGAUCGCGGCGUCUCCACAGAAUUCAGUUUCCCUCUCUGGAAGACAAACCACACCCUGAAGUGGGAGGGUGUGUGGCGAGAGCUGGGCUGUCUGGAGCGUACCGCAUCGUUUGCAGUCCGGGAGGAGAGUGGCCACUCCCUCAAGUCAUCACUCUCGCACUCCAUGGUCAUCGACACCAGAAACUCGGCAAUCCUUCCCAGGAGGGGUGCCUUGCUGAAGAUCAACCAGGAGUUGGCAGGAUACACUGGAGGAGAUGCCAGCUUCCUGAAGGAGGACUUUGAGAUUCAGUUUAACAGACGUCUCUUCUGGGACUCGGUCCUGUCUGCAUCUCUCUGGGGGGGGUGCCUCCUGCCCAUUGGAGAUAAGCCAACUUGCAUUGCUGACAGGUUCUAUCUCGGUGGUCCUACUAGCGUCAGGGGCUUCAGUAUGUACAGCAUCGGCCCUCAGAGUGAAGGUGACUACCUGGGAGGUGAGGUGUAUUGGGCUGGAGCCGUCCACCUGUAUAGUCCGCUGCCCUUCCAUCUAGGCAAAGGGGGAUUCGGAGACCUCUUCAGGAUCCACUUCUUCCUCAAUGCCGGGAACCUGUGUAACAUCAACUAUGGUGACGGGCCUCAAGCACACCUGAGGAAACUGGCAGAGUGUAUCCGCUGGUCUUACGGAGCGGGAAUUGUGCUGCGACUCGGAAACAUCGCCCGGCUGGAGCUCAACUAUUGCAUUCCCAUGGGCGUCCAGAGUGGAGACAGGAUAUGCGACGGGUUUCAGUUUGGAGCUGGAAUCCGAUUCCUGUGAUGUCCUGCUGUCUUGCUGAAUUGAGUUGUGGACUACAGGAGUUUGUUUAAUUGGUUUUAGUAAGUGAGACGUCUGGACCCUUGCAGCACACCGAAGGUUGCUGGGAAUGCAAUGGCUACUACAACCAAACUAUUGUAUAAUGGACGAGGCAACAAUGGAGGUUUUCCUCCAGUACAAAUGAAUGACUGGAGCCACCAGUGCUCAAGAUGUGGAAGCCAAAGGUGACAUAUCAGCCAUGAGUGCCCUUAUCAUGAGUCAAAUAAUGUGGUCUGGAUUAUUAUGCUCGGUAAUAAAUUAUGUACCCCUCUAAAGGUAUUCAAAAACCA